GAGAAUGAGAAGAUUCAAUUUGGGAGGAGAAUUUUUUUUGCUGCGAAGAUUAUUUGAUAGAGAAGAGGAACACACCUUAACGAAAGCAAGAGGCUUAGCUUAUCAGUAUCGAAAGAUAUGAAGAUCCAACCAACCUUUGGAAUCACUCUCAUUUUGCUUCUUUUGUUUUUCAACGGCAUAGAGUCAAGGCAUGAACCCGGAGGACAAUGGAAAAAUGUGAUUGAAGAUGACUCAUUACCAGUUGUAUCACAAGAAAAAGAAGAUUGCUUUAAAUACAAAAGCCUUAAAAAUGAAAAUACUUUUUUCAACGAUAUAAAACCACGACCAAGUAUCACAUUCUACCCAAAUGAUGGAAGCAAGGACAAGCUUUUUACUAAAGAUAUUGAGCCACGACCAAGUGCCACAUUCUACCCAAAUGAUGAGAGCAAGGACAGGUUUUUUACUAAAGAUAUUGAGCCACGACCAAGUCUCACAUUCUACCCAAAUGAUGAUACCAAGAACAAGCUUUUUACUAAAGAUAUUGAGCCACGACCAAGUGCCACAUUCUACCCAAAUGAUGAGAGCAAGGACAAGUUUUUUAUUAAAGAUAUUGAGCCACGACCAAGUGCCACAUUCUACCCAAAUGAUGGAAGCAAGGACAAGCUUUUUACUAAAGAUAUUGAGCCACGACCAAGUCUCACAUUCUACCCAAAUGAUGAUACCAAGAACAAGCUUUUUACUAAAGAUAUUGAGCCACGACCAAGUGCCACAUUCUACCCAAAUGAUGAGAGCAAGGACAGGUUUUUUACUAAAGAUAUUGAGCCACGACCAAGUCUCACAUUCUACCCAAAUGAUGAUACCAAGAACAAGCUUUUUACUAAAGAUAUUGAGCCACGACCAAGUGCCACAUUCUACCCAAAUGAUGAGAGCAAGGACAAGUUUUUUAUUAAAGAUAUUGAGCCACGACCAAGUGCCACAUUCUACCCAAAUGAUGAUACCAAGAACAAGCUUUUUACUAAAGAUAUUGAGCCACGACCAAGUGCCACAUUCUACCCAAAUGAUGAGAGCAAGGACAGGUUUUUUACUAAAGAUAUUGAGCCACGACCAAGUGCCACAUUCUAUCCAAAUGAUGAUACUAAGAACAAGCUUUUUACUAAAGAUAUUGAGCCACGACCAAGUGCCACAUUCUACCCAAAUGAUGAUGCAAACAAAAAGUUUUUUACUAAAGAUAUUGAGCCGCGACCAAGUGUCACAUUCUACCCAAAUAAUGAUAGCAAGAACAAGCUUUUCAUUAAAAAUAUUGAGUCACGACUAAGUACCACGGAAUGAUUACGCCAAGAACAACCUUUUCAGGAAAGAUAUGCAAUCCUUUGGUUACGUUAUAUGAUCAACUGUAUAUGUGUGGUUGGUAAUUUACAUUUCUGUUGAUUAUUGUGGCAUGUUAAGUAUGUGUGGUUGGUAAUUUACAUUUCUGUUGAAUAUUGUGGAAUGUUAAGUUGUAAAAUAAAUAAAUAAUUUGUGGAAAAUAAUGAUUAUGUGAGCAAAGCUUUCUCA